AUGAAGGAUGACGAGAUCGAAGAGGAAAACAACAACUAUAGGAUUUAUAGUCUGGGCAAAGGGCAAGCUGAGCCAUAUGUUGUUGAUGUACUGGUGAGCAAUGAAAGUCUAAAGAUGGAAGUAGAUAUUGGUGCUGCAGUUAGUGUAAUGAAUGAGGAUACAUAUACAUUAUUGAAGAAAAAACUCCCAAACCAAGAGCUGAAGGAAUCAAAGAUAAGACUAAAUACCUAUACGGGAGAGCAAGUUAAAGUGUUGGGUCAGGUGGAGGCUUCGGUGAAGUAUGAAGAUCAAGAAGCCUAUGACCUUUACUAGUCAUAACGGGGAAGGGCCCUAACUUGAUUGGCAGAAAUUGGCUCCAAAAGAUUAAAAUAAAUUGAAUGAAUUUAUUUCAGUUAAAAGAGGACAAGAAUACCUCAGUCAAAGUUAAUAUGUUACUUGAGAAGUAUGAGAAAGUGUUUCAUAAAGAAUUAGGAACAUUUUCUGGUCCCAAAGCCAAAAUAUAUGUGGCUGAGGAUGCAAGUCCAAAAUAUUACAAGGCAAGACCUGUUCCCUAUGCAUUGAGGGAAAAAGUAGAAAAGGAGUUAGAAAGAUUGCAAGAAGAGGGAACUAUAGAGCCUGUCCAGUUUGCAGAUUGGGCAGCGCCAAUCGUACCAAUCGUUAAGGAUGAUAAGUCGAUAAGAAUUUGUGGGGAUUAUAAAGUAACUGUCAUCCAAGCUGCAAAGUUAGACAGUUACCCGAUUCCCAAGGCAGAAGAUCUUUUUGCCACUUUAAGUGGUUGA